AUGAACCGCACCCUGGUGGAAUCGGUGAGAUCCAUGUUAGCAGAUGCUAAACUCCCGCACAAGUUCUGGGCUGAAACACUCUCAACUGCUGUUUAUCUUAGAAACAGAAGUCCCUCAGUUGCAGUCAAAGGAAAGACUCCUUUUGAAGCCUGGACAAGUCAGAAACCUAAUGUGAAGCAUCUACGAGUGUUUGGAUGCGAAGCGUAUGCUCAUGUGCCAAAGGACGAAAGAAAGAAACUUGACUCGAAAGCCAGAAAAUGUAUUCUUCUUGGUUAUGGCACUGAAACGAAGGGCUAUCGUCUUUAUGAUCCAAAUCGUGCAAGAGUCUUUCGCAGUCGUGAUGUCCAGUUUAAUGAAUCUUCACAAGAACCUGAAGUUGUGAAAGUACAAGAGCCAAAGCAAAACACACUUGUGGAACUUGAGUUUGAAGAGCCCAUUGAUGUCGAAGAGCCUGUUGUAAACGAAGAGCCUGAGCCUCAAGUUACGAGGAGGUCAGAAAGAGAUCGAAGACCACCUGCCUACUAUGGAGAGUGGGCAACAGCUGCAAAUCAUGAUAAAAACGAGCCAAGGACCGUGAAAGAGGCUUUGUCAAGUCCACAAAAGGCAAAAUGGGUGAAAGCAAUGGAAAAAGAAAUGGAAUCCCUUAAAACUAACGAAGUAUGGAACCUAGUUGAACUGCCCGAGAAUCGUAAAGCCGUUGGCAGCAAGUGGGUAUUUCGAGUUAAAACAGAUGCGGACGGAACAGUUGAAACACACAAGGCCCGGCUCGUAGCUCAAGGUUUCAGUCAAACAUUUGGUGACGAUUAUGAUGAAACAUUUUCACCUGUAGCUAGGUUUGAAUCAGUUCGAACAGUAGCGUUAGCUGCACAGCAUGGUUUAAAGCUUCAUCAAAUGGACGUCACAACAGCAUUUCUGAAUGGAGAUCUCAAAGAAGAAGUCUACAUGAAACAACCGGAAGGUUUCAUUGAGAAGGGAAAAGAACACCUGGUCUGCAGGUUACGUCGAAGUAUAUAUGGCCUUAAACAGUCUCCACGUUGUUGGAACUCUGUUCUCGACAGAAAAUUGAAGAAUAUGGGCUUUGUACAAACCACCGGUGAUCCAUGUAUCUAUGUAAAGGAAGAAGAUGGAGAGAUAUUCAUUAUUGCUGUGUAUGUUGAUGAUAUUCUCUUGGCCGGAAAGAAUGAUCCGAAAAUCAAUGAAGUGAAGCAAGCACUCGCUGAGCAAUUUCAAAUGAAAGAUAUGGGUCAACUACACUACUUCCUGGGUGUGAAAGUUAUCCAGAAACCAGAUUCAAAAGAAAUUUGGAUUGGCCAAGAAGCGUACACGAAGAGUGUGUUGGAAAGAUUUGGCAUGGAAAGUUCGAAACCAGCAAGCACACCUGUUAACCCUGGGACAAAACUGAAGAAGGCAGCAGACGACAGUGAACGAGUGGACCAGGUUAACUACCAGUGUGCCGUUGGACAUCUACUUUAUCUGUCCACGAAAACAAGACCAGACAUCGCAUAUGCCGUAAGCGAUGUAGCAAGGUUCAGUGCUCAUCCAACGGAGGAGCAUUGGAUUGCUGUUAAACGUAUCAUGCGUUAUCUGAAUGGAACUCGAGAUAUGGGUUUACUUUAUGAUGGAAGCAAGACAACGACUUCAUGUGUUGGGUAUUCAGACGCUGACUGGGCUGGAGAUCUUGAUGACAGAAAGUCAACUUCGGGAUAUGUCUUCCAGAUAAGCAACGCAGCUAUCAGUUGGCGAAGCAAAAAACAGUCAUGUGUGGCUCUCUCGACUGCUGAAGCAGAAUACAUGGCAUUGGCAAGUGCAACCCAAGAAGCAGUUUGGCUACAACAACUUCUAAGUGAUCUAAAGAGCAAACCAACCGGUCCAAUGUUGAUACUUGAAGAUAAUCAAGCAGCAAUCUGUAUGGCAAAGAAUGCACAGUACCAUGGACGUGCAAAACACAUUGAUAUAAAGUAUCAUUUUAUUCGAGAACAUGUUGCUAGUGCUGCAGUUAAACUGGAAUACUGUAGCACUGAAGAAAUGAUCGCUGACAUUUUUACUAAGGGACUAAGUGUGGUUCAGUUUACCAAACUUAGAAAGAUGCUCGGAGUUAGUUAUAAAUGA